AUGGAUCACUGCAUUGGUGUUGAGCUCACAGAGAGGUGCGACUUGGUCGGUGAGAUAGCGAUGCACGACAUGUUUCGGCGAGAUGUCCCAUUCAGCGUUCUGGCUGUCAGUGGAUGGUGUCUUCCGUGGGUAGUUCAGACUGUGGAGUCGGCCAUUGGCGAGCAAUUGCAAAACCCGUCUUCUUUCUGGUUCCAGCUACGCAGCGACAGGAGCCUCCAAUGCGAUGACAAAGAGUGGUGGCCUGGAUUUCUGCAGACCACCGCGGCCUUCCGUCAAGCCCCAUCUGAGGCCAGUGUCAAGAAGAUGUUGCACCAGGUGUUCCAAGAACACAUCUGGUCUAUCGAGCGGACUAAAGCUAUUGGUGGCUCAUAUUGGUUGGAGCCAGACUGCAAGCUCGGUUGGGUCUCGGCGCUUAUGCUCAAGGCCAUGGUGUGCUUCAAUUCGGAGACCGAGUGCUAUUUCACAUACUCCGACGGCCUCUUGGACCAUCUGAUGCGCGUUCCGUUCCACGAGUUUGUUGGAUCUGCGUGGCCGUUGCCACAUCUGUUUGGCAUUCUGGCUGCGCAGUUCAACUGUCCGCUGGAGCUUGACUUUUUCGAUGAAGAGCUGAUGAACGAGCCACCGUUUCGAGGUGGGGAAUUUUCCGGGGAGACUGGGCCGGAGGUCUGGAGCGUGAUGCGCCAGCUGAAAGGUCGUGCGUCGCCACCCUUCCUGCACCUCGCGCAGGCCGUGCUCGCUGACGGGGCCAAGGCGUACGAUUUCCAAGGGGAGCGGCGCCUCUUUGCCUACGCUGCCUUCGUCUGGGGAGACCAGUACCACCCGUGGAUCCGGCCCUUCCUGCAGCGUUUCCAGAGGGUCGGCGUCCACAACAUGAUCUUGAUUUUGCUCGGAUAG